UGUCAUAUCUUCCACAUCCAGCGCGGAUUCAGAAACGACAACAUGAAGCUGCUCAUCAUUUCGCUCGCCUUGUGUGCCUGCAACAUGGCCGUACCAAUUGAGCCAUCGACACAACCGCUGUUGGAAUUGUUGAGCAGUUCAGGAUUCUCCGAGUUGAAAGAAGCAUUGGUAAAGCAUAAUAUGACCAACAUCAUCAACGCUACAGAACCGAUGACGAUCUUUGCUCCAUCGAAUGAAGCCUUCAAAAUCCUGAAACAGAAUCCGUGGACGAAGAACAUGACUCACGGGAUGAUGGAAAAACUGUUGGGCCGCCUCGUCGUUCUUCACCGCAAAUUAUUACCAGCCGAUGUCCGCAAUGAAAUGAUUGUCGAUACGGCAUCCAACGAGAAACUCCGCUUGAACGUUUAUCCAAAGGUGAGAACGGUCAACGGCAUUAUGGUCGUCAUGGAGCCUAACGUUCAGUCUCAGCAAGUGAUCAUUUACCGCGUGAAUCGCUUCCCAAUGUCACCACCACCUGGAAGAGACAUCUUCGAGAUGUUGAACAGACGCAAAGAACGUUUCUCAACUCUUGUACGAGCGAUCGAAGUUGCCAAUUUAAAGGAAACGUUGAAGACAGGUGGACCGUUCACUUUAUUUGCCCCGAAUAAUGACGCAUUUAAAGCUUUACCUGAAGCCAAAUUGGCCAAACUGAUGGAAUCACCGGCCGAGCUGAAAUCUAUUUUGCUCGGACAUGUCAUUAACGGCACCUACUUCCUUGGCGCUUUGCUGGACUCUCCGGAACUGCCGGCCCUCACGGGUGGACUUAACAAAAUCGCCGUCAACGGAAUGAAUAUAACGGUGAAUGAAACCAAAGUCCUCACCAGAGAAGGCAUGAUCGCCGAGAAUGGCGCAAUCCACGUAAUCGACCGUGUCCUCUUGCCUUCAAAUACCACCGCUCCUCUACCCGUAUAAUUAUCGUGACAUCAAUCACCUGACACGGCAUAAAACCACACAGGACAAGGCGCAAAAUCAAAACAUUUUUCUCGUGAUUAAUGAAGUUAUAAUUUUUUGGCAGGAUUUUCCUAAGACUGGCGGCACAAUGUCCGUGUCUGUCGAGGAAAUCCGCAUUUCCCAUAUCAAAUACAGAAAUAUGCUAUUCCGUAAUUUCGCAUUGAUCUACUUUUUGUUUGACCCAAACCGCCUUGCACAACAUCUAAUAGAAGGAAUAAUAAAUCGUUGCUUCCAGUGAAA